AUGAGGGGAGACUCAUACUUCUUUGGAAUGCGAGGCCUCGGUCACUAUGGCUGCAUCUCGGAGGAUGGAGGACAGUUCUUACUCUACUGUAUAAAUGGAGACAACAGUUUAAAGAGGUGUUUCGCAGAGGAAGAUUUUAAUGAAAUAAUUGACUUCAAUGAUCUCCCGAAUUCUCUCUUUGCUUGUAAUGUUCACCAGUCUGUGUUUGAAGAUGAGGACAGUAAGGAAAAAUUUGAAGGCUUGUUCCGUGCCUAUGAUGACUGCGUGACAUUCCAGCUGUUUAAAAGCUUCAGGCGUGUGCGGAUAAAUUUUAGUAGUCCCAAAUCAGCUGCUCGUGCCAGAAUAGAGCUGCAUGAAACACAGUUCAGAGGGAAGAAGUUAAAGUUGUAUUUUGCACAGAUUCAGACCUCCGAGACAGAUGGAGACAAGCUUCAUUUGGCACCACCACAGCCUGCAAAACAGUUUCUCAUCUCGCCUCCAGCCUCCCCACCUGUAGGGUGGCAACCAAUAGAUGAUGCAACACCUGUCAUCAACUACGACCUCCUUUAUGCAGUUUCUAAGCUAGGACCAG